AUGUUCCUCCUUAGCUUCUCACCUACCAGAAUCUCUAAAUUAGAUCUAAUCCACUGUACUUCGAAAGUCAACGUUACCACGAUACUACCUGUACAGGAAGAGGCCAAGAUCAAAAUGGCUUUUGGACCUAGUGGUGGGUGUAUGUGGUUUGAUGAAGAAGAUCCGAUAUGUCAGAGUACCUUCCAUCUUCAUCCUUCUCCCACAUAUCUCCAUCUUCCAGAGAACCAAACCCUCACUGAACGCCUGGGAAAUACAAAUGGUCUAGCGCUGGUGCAUAUAGUCACUGGAUUAGUAUCCCUGGGUGACAUCUUCUGGAUAUUAGGUCCAUUCAUACCUGGAUGCUUUGAGGUAUCAAACGCUCUGAUGUUACUAGCGACCUUCUGGGGCAUGAUCACCUUCCUCGUCAUUGCAGGUUACAAACUGUCGAUCGAUAAACAUCUCAAGGGGGAUUCAGCUGUACCGGAAUUCAAGACUGAGUAUGGAGGUGGUUUGGGUAUGUUCAUUGUUGGACUGUUCUUCAUCCUCUGUGGGCUGUUAGGGACCGUUGGGACAGCAAGGAAGAUCAAGAGGAAAGACCCACCACUAGUAGCCAAAGUCUAG